CUUGUAGAAGAGGAAGCGACGAUAAGCUCUCUCAACGAGUUUCGCGCUACAUGAAAGCCUUCGAUAUAGACCAGUUUUCGUGGAUGGAGCGCCACGAAUGAGGCGGCAGUGGAAGUGACAAACGAUAUUUCUCGGGGUAUGUGGUGCCGCGAGCGUGAUGGCGGCCGGACGUCGCUGGACUGCCGGCGUGAGUAGCUUGUCGGCUCAGUUCUCGCACUGGAUGCAGCACAGCUUCAUCUCAAGAUGAGUACGUGGCAGCUCAGCUCGCGGCAAAUAUAUCUGCCGGUCGUCUGAACUGUACGCCUUUGGAACUGGCGUGGAUUACCAAAUGGCGUGCAGGGUUCUCGCUGGUCAUAUCGACUUCACCAUAAGCUUUCUGCAUUUACAUUUCAUCAGGGCGGGCGAGUUGUGCAAAAUGGCUACAGGUGCUUGAAGCCUCUUCUUCAAGUGUAUGCUGAUCACCGCGACCCAGCUGUUCAACAGCCUGUUGGCUGCUCAAUGCGCUCGGAGCGCGCUGUGCUGCUGGUGAAAGUUGACAAAGCGCUUGAUUGUGCUCGCGACGCAAUCGUUUUACGUCUCGGUCGGGCUUUCCAGCAUUUUGCCCCUGCCGGUGAAUCGGAAGCUCGGGGUCGUGAUGACGAGGAGCACGACAAGGCGAUCACAACUAAAUUAUACGAAUACAUCCGAGCCGAAUACGGACGACGAAGGAGAUCAAUUGCCACUGGCAACUUGCCAGUGAUCAUCGCUGCUGCCGGCAUGACGUUGGAGCUUGAGACAAAAGGAUUCACGGCGAUCACGGCUGGAUACACCGCUGUCCGCUUCGGCUAUAACCGCGCCACUUUCCAGUAG